ACUUGCAUAUACAUUUGCCAUUAAAGCAAUGUUGGUACAUGUGCUGGUUAACUGAGUUCAGACGGACCGAGAUGAAGUGUGGGAGUUUUUCAGCCUCAUAUCCGAGAACUGACUCAAGUACACAACUGCAUCAGCAACCUAACUGGCUGAAAUGAUCGCCCAUCCCAGAAGCAUAAUUUACUCGGGCAAAAUAUUUAUACAGAGGCGGACCGAAAUCACUGACAACAAGCCCAUUCAGCAAACCUAGUGGAAACAGCCCCGUUAAUAGCUCUCUAGACCUCUUAUCAGUCUCAGUACCUUUAAGGAACGCCGCUGGAACAAAACAUCUGUUCAAAGACGUAUUCAAACAUCAUCAUGAACUUUUUGGCUCUACUGCAUUGUGUGAUACUUAUUUCAGUUUGUGAAAUAUUUGAAGAUCAUCGAACUUACGCUGGCAUGUGCUGGCUGCAGCAGGGUCCGGAGCACCGCUGUGACAUGGUGCUCAUGAGAGGCGUGAGCAGGGAAGAGUGCUGUGCGGCCGGCCGUCUGGACACUGCCUGGUCCAACACCAGUCUGCCUAUCAAUGAAGUCAGCCUGCUGGGAUUCCUGGGAAUAGUUUCCUGUAAGCCGUGCAAAGAGAACUGCGAGGGGGUCAACUGCGGCCCUGGAAAGGUGUGCAGGAUGAAAUCUGGACGUCCCCAGUGCGUAUGCUCUCCAGACUGUUCCAACAUCUCCACUAAACACUCCGUGUGUGGGAGCGAUGGGAAUUCGUACAAGGACGAGUGCGCACUCCUGAUGGCUCGCUGCAGAGGUCACCCUGACCUGGAGAUUAUGUACCAGGGGGAAUGCAAAAAGUCCUGCUCAAAUGUCGUAUGUCCUGGGACGCAUACUUGCGUGACGGACCAGACCAACAGUGCCCACUGCGUCAUGUGCCGCACUGCACCCUGCCCGAUGCCCAUGGUCACCGAGCAAACCAUCUGCGGCAACGAUAACACCACUUACCCCAGUGCCUGCCACCUGCGUAGGGCUACCUGUUUUUUGGGUCGUUCCAUAGGGGUCCGCCAUUAUGGACACUGCAGAAGAAAUGAAGGAAGUGAAGAGAAUUCACUCUUCUGAGGAUGUAAAGAGCAGAUCCACUCCCUGUACAUAUUACGAUGGCACAUAAGACGUGAGAGAACCUGUUUGAAACCAUAUAGUCUCACAACACGGUUCUCUGUCCCAAAGAACCACUACUAGUAUUUUAUACGCAUGCAAUUCAUACUUAAAGCAAAUGUGUGGUUUUAACCGGAAAACUGAACUGAUGAAUUGACAGUGUGCAUAUUGUAAAUAUACUACAAGCUACUAUUUAUUGGAGAAAAGUAAGGAAGUCAGUGUUAUUUAUGUGUUAACACCAUAUAUCCGUACAUCAGCUGCCUUUAUCAAGGUAUUUAUUGUGGGUUUUGCUUCAGUUUUCAUGUAAACGUCAAAACAGAAAAAUGUAGACUUGCACAUUCCCGUACCUACGAAUUUCCUCAUGGAUAAAAAUGUCUAUUUUUCCCCCCACAAAGAGCUAUUUCUUAUCAAUUAAAUAUUUUAGAACAUACCAUUUGGUGUUCUUAAUAUUAUUUUCUGGUUUUUACUAUUUUAUAUUAUUUAUAUCCGUUUUAUUAUUCUAUUAACUGUUAAUUCCAGUGCUAUCUCACGACAAAUUCGUACGUAUUUUACGGUAGCUAAUUCGUACUAGCCUGACUACGUCAAACUUCCUACUUCCGCUCAAUU